AUGACAGGACAAAACUACAGGGCAAUCGAGGCUCAGUUUCGGGUAGCCUGCGAGGAAUGCCACGCGCGCAAGAUCCGCUGCGAACUGGCUCUGGCGAACAGUGGUGGCGCGGGCAGCAGUUGCAAAGCAUGCGCACUCAACCAACGACGAUGCCUCUUCUCGCUUCGGAGCCGGACUGGGAGACCGCGCAAGCAGCCUCUGACUUCUUUUUCCUCUUCAUCCGCCUCACCACCGCAGCCACUGCCAGUGCAGACGAACCGUUCGUCCAAAUCUUUGCAGGCGGGACCCACUACCCAGUCGCCCCUACGACCGAUGUCGUCAUCCAUGCGGUCGGGGGAGCAGAUGGCGGGAGACGAAGACGGGGGAGGAAAUGAGGAGAAUGAGGAAGGGAUGGAACAGGUUCAUAGCCUCGUUCAGCAGAACCUAGAGUCACUGUCGCAUGGACAACAGGCGCAGCAGAUGUGGACUCCGGAAGCAAUUGACCCGGCGGAGUGGAAUGCAUCACCAUCCGCAUGGGCAAUAUUGGCAGCUAACAAUCCACAGCAGUCGGCGCUGGCAUUAGCCUCGUCGGGGCAACUCGAGGACUUGCUCCAACCGUCCGGUGGUCUUCGUGGUGAUGGCUGGGAGACGGAUACCCUCAGCCACCAUUUCAUGCUCCAGCAAGGAUCCGGCACCGGGGGCUCUCUCUUAGAAUCUGGAAGGCCGAUCAUGGACCCCGUGGCGGAGCCAACUUUGAUGAGACUAGAAAGCCUGACCGCGCUGGAUGAAGGCACAGGAGGCGCCCCACCGACGUCCAGGGGCGCCCGAGAAAAAGGUUUCUUGGAUGCCCUCGAGUUAUGCAGCAAGCUCCACACCACAUGCCAACGAUCUAUGAUACUGGAUCUCCUCACAGAGGCCGGCCAGGAUCAGGUGCGAUCCGUAUUGAAACUCUUUGGCGAACUCAAUCAAGCGGCCUUCGCACUGCAGGAGGCCGACGAUCAUGCCUCCUCCUCGCUUUCUUCAUCAUCGGAGACAAAAGUCGUUCGAGUCGCGCUCAUGGAAGCCACGCAAGUGUCCACCGGGAUUAUACAGUACAACUUCCAACGACAUCAUUAUUCCACCGCUCCUUCAGAUCCAGUAGUGAGUGAAGGCCAGUGGUAUAGUCCCCCGGAGCAACCGGCUUUCAGCUCCGACAGACCUGGUCCGCGGAAGAACGGCGGGGUGGCCAAAUCAUCGCUUAAAUGUCGGGACACCAUGCACGAGCGGCAACUAGGGGCUCGACUGAGCUGUAUUGAACUGCUGAUUCGCUUGGAGUUCUCUCUGAUCCGUUUCCGACAUGUCAUGUCUAAGAUAGGAUGCCUGCAUGCUGGACAGCGGGCCUCGCCCCCUCAACGGGUCACUUGUGAUUGCUGGCCUAAUUGUGUACUCAAGAUUGAUGGUGCUCGCUCGCAAGUCUCUGCUUUGCUGAAACAAUUUCGCAACUAUUGGGAUUGA